UCGGACUGCACGGUCCCCCACCAUUUACUGUCCGUCAAGCUAAGUUGUAGCCAAGCUAAUACCUUAAGUUAGUGUUUUUAAAAUUGUUUAUCCAGUAAUUGGAGUUUAGUUUAGUUUACAUGGAGAGCGUAGAGCAGGAAGAUACAAAAGUAAAUGCGCCUUCUGUUAUCGACCGAUAUUACACACGCUGGUACAGAGCCGACAUGAAGGGAAAGCCACGUGAGGACCAUUGCAUCUUACAGCAUUCAAACAGAAUAUGUGUCAUCACUUUAGCUGAGACCCACCCAAUCCUACAGAACGGGCACGCAAUCAAAAGCAUCAAUUACCAGAUCAGUAAUGGCUGCAGUCGGCUGAAUAAUAAAGUGUCCGGGAAGUCUAAGCGGGGGGGGCAGUUCCUUACUGAUUUUGCACCUUUGUGCAGGAUAACAUGCACGGAUGAAACAGAGUACACAAUCUACAGCUGCAUCCGGGGCCGUCUUCUGGAAGUCAAUGAGAACAUUUUAGAAACUCCUAAUCUCUUGCUGGAAAAGCCGUCCACUGAAGGAUACAUCGCGGUCAUCCUGCCAAAGUUUGAAGAGAGUAAGAGCAUUACAGAAAAUCUUCUAAGCAGAGAAGAGUUCGAGAACGUCGUCUCCAGACGAAGCUCUGCCCAGUCCCAGCCCUCUUGACAGUGCCCCACACUCCUCCCUUAUUCAAGUCCACACUGAGAGAGCUGCUUUCCCUCACACACAGUUAGCAGAUGACUGAAAGUAUUUUGUUUAUAACGCAAGCAUUGUGCCUCUAAGUUAUUCUACAUAGUUUAUCUUUAGCGUUUAACAUUUUGUUUAAGGGUCCAGAAAGCAGUCAAAUUUCAAGUGAUUUAUCUGUGGUUGGUCAAGUUGAUAAAUAAGGAACUAGUGGAAAGCAUGAGUAACGGCUUGCAUUUUCUUGUUAUAUACUGCAAAUAAUCUUCUGUAUAAAAUAUUUUUUGUGGAAUAUAAAGAAAAACAAACAA